GUUUGUACAGAGGUAAGACCUGCAUUGGAUGAGGAACUUCCGUCCCCAUAUAUCGAGGAAUUUAGAUAUGCUCUGGAUGCAGAAAUUCUUAAAUACAUUGCUGAAGCUUAUCCUAAAGGUGUCUGCUCGAUUUACUGUGUGAGCGGAAAAGAUGUGGAGGGUCCCAGAUCUGAUUUUGAACUUGUGGUGGUGAUAUCUGCUUCUAGGCACAGUCCACAAAACUUCUGCAAUGGUAGCUGGCGUUCGGUAUGGAACAUUGAGUUCAAAGAUGACAUACAAGUAGUUGAUUUAAAGGGAAAAUUGCAGGUGGGUGCCCAUUAUUUUGAGGAGGGGAAUGUGCAGCUAGACGCUAAACAUGAAUGCAAAGAUUCAACUAUCAUUCAGGCUGCUGAAGAAUCUGCAAUUAGCAUAGCCAGCAUCAUCCGCCACCAUGAGACAGAAUACUUGUCAUCUCUUGAGGCAUCCUACUCAAACUUGCCAGAUACCACUUUCAAG